GAGAAUCUCAGAUAUAUUACAUGAGGUGUAGUUUGUUGACAAUUUCAUACUAAUUAAUUGCUACCUAUGAAUAGCAGACUUUACUUUUAAAAGCAUCAUCCGUUAAUUGCCCACAAAAAUCGUGAAUAAACUGGUAUCUGCCCAGCCCGAGAUCGCACAAUCUCCACCGAUCACGCCAUUUUACGCCGGUUUGAUUCCGUCCAUUCUUUUUUCUUCCCUUCACUCGCUUCCCCCGCGAUUGAGGAGAUAGUUAUAUUUAGUCUGCUAGUUAUAUAUUGGAGGGGCGGAAUCGUCUUUCUUUCUCUCUCAUUCUUUCUCCCCCGCUCUCGUGUCUGUAUACCAUACCUAUCACAACUUUGAUAUACCACGAUAUACCACGAUAUAUCACGAUAUAUAACUCGCAUUCGUUCCUUGUACUUGAUAUACCUCUCUGUCAUUGUCUUAUUCCCAAGAUGGCCGGCGACGAAAUCACUCAGCGCUUUGAGACGCUGCAAUUGCAUGCUGGCUAUACUCCAGAUUCAGCCACCAACUCGCGCGCUGUUCCCAUCUAUGCUACUACCUCCUUCACCUUCAAUGAUUCCGCGCAUGGCGCUCGACUCUUCGGCCUCAAGGAAUUGGGCAAUAUCUACAGCCGCCUUGGCAAUCCCACCGUUGAGGUCUUCGAGAAGCGUAUAGCUGCACUGGAAGGUGGCGUGGCUGCCGUGGCCGCUUCGUCGGGCCAAUCCGCCCAGUUCAUGGCCAUCGCUGCGCUCGCAGGCACCGGUGAUAACAUCGUCUCCACCACCAAUCUCUACGGCGGCACCUACAACCAGUUCAAAGUCCUCCUGCCCCGUCUAGGUAUCACCACCAGGUUCGUCACGGGCGAUGAUCCCGAGGACCUGGCGUCCAAGAUCGACGAUAAGACCAAAGCGGUCUACGUCGAGACGAUUGGCAACCCGAGAUAUAACGUGCCCGACUUUGAGAAGAUUGCGAAGGUUGCGCAUGAGAAGGGGGUGCCGUUGGUGGUGGACAACACCUUCGGUGCAGGCGGAUACUUCGCACGCCCCAUCGAGCACGGGGCGGACAUCGUCGUGCACAGCGCCACGAAAUGGAUCGGCGGCCACGGUACCACCAUCGCCGGCGUCGUCGUCGACAGCGGCAAGUUCGACUGGGGCAAACACUCCAAGCGCUUCCCGCAGUUCACCGAGCCGUCCCCAGGCUACCACGGCCUGAAAAUGUGGGAAACGUUCGGUACGGCUACAUUUGCUACCUUUGUCCGUCUCGAUGUCCUGCGUGACCUCGGCAGCGCGCUGAAUCCGUUUCGGCGCAGCAGCUGCUACUGGGUAUUGAGACGUUGUCGCUUCGCUGCGAGAGACAUGCGAGCAAUGCGAUGCGUGCCAGAUGGCUAGAGAAGAAUGAGAAUGUCUCCUGGUGUCGUAUCCGGGCCUGGAGAGCCAUCCUACCCAUGAGACGCGAAAGAAAUACCUAAAACGCGGGUUCGGUGGAGUGUUGUCGUUUGGGUAUCAAGGGAGGUGCGGAGGCUGGCAGCCAGGUGUCGAUGGGUUCAAGCUUAUUUCAAACCUUGCCAAUGUCGGUGACUGCAAGUCCCUAGCCAUCCACCCCUGGUCAACGACACAUGAGCAGCUCAGCAAUGAGGAGCGAAUUGCAUCCGGCGUGACGGAGGACGGCAUCCGUUUCUCUGUUGGCAUUGAGCAUAUCGAUGAUAUCAUCGCGGAUUUCGAGCAGUCAUUUAAGGCUAGCAGCUCCCUGAAUCACAAGACUACUUAAGAUAAGUAUACAUAUAUAUAUACUUCAUAGCUCUAACGGGAUCAAGAGGUGAUGGCGAUGCACCUACUUAACCAGCAGAAUAUUGUUUAUCCACGCUUGAAAAAUGAAACGGGGUGGAAUAGAAAUGGGGGAAAUGUUGAACUGGGGAAAAUAUAAGGGGUUCCGGUGCUGGGGUUUCAGGACCUCGCUGUAUAGUCAGUUAUCGCUCGCUACUACAUACAUACCUUCGAGAGGGUUUAACUAGGAGGUUAGACGGGAGGGUAAAAUUUUGUAACUACAACGAUGUUAUGAAACGAAAUGAAAUGAAUAUUUUUUUUCAUCCCCUCCGCGCCCCCCCCCCCCCUUCCCUUCUUUUUUUCCCAGUGGAGGCACAUGGCUACGCUACCUGGGUAUAUAUAUAUUAUGUAGAUGUAAUCGCGUACUCCAGUUAAUUCGUUAAUUCUUGAAUUUGUAAUCCUGAUAUCCCCAGAGCGGGAACAUUGGGUCCUCUAGUUGCCUUUCUAUUUAUAACCUGCCAGGGAAAUUGACACGCCCUACCAGUCAGUCAUAUUGGAGUCUGGCGGGUAACCUUAAUGAGGCCUCCCCCUACGGUCCGGCUCCACGGAAUGUUCUCGUUAAUAUUUAUCUUCAUUCUACAGCUUAAACAAACAAACUGUGGCGCGGGGUGGAGGCAAAACAUGUUGUAUAUAAAAAUAGGUGACCUUCUCCUCAACCUUGAGCCCUUUGAUAUAGCCGAGCUACCCUCGUGUGAAGUUCUACACCCAAUUCGCAACUUUGCGAGCGACACUUCUUCACCCUUCAUGGUUCACAAUCUGCGACUGCAUGGUGCUGAUGCCAUGUCCUGGCUCCACGAAGCACAGUCCGAAGUCCUCGACAUCAUAGGCUACGCUUGAGCCCAACGACACAAAAGAAUGAAGGUAUCCUGAACACAACCGACACCUGCGAGGAAAGAAAGGGAAAAAAAAAAAUAAUAAUUAUCGAAAGCAAUCAGCAAUCUACCCGGCGCAAGACAAUGUGUCUAGUCUAUAUCAGCCAUUGAAAGCAGCAUCACACCACUUUCCGCGCAUGCCAUGGCAGUUAGCAGCAGAUCUCCAGCCCGUAAUGAGGCUUCUCUAAAGAAGUAGUAUACGUACCACGCAUAUCAUGAUAUUGCUGAAUGCUAGAUUCAACGCCUCCAACAGACACAAUGAUCGCAGACCUUGGCUUUCAUGAGUAAAUCAUGCAUGUACCAUGCAAUGCCCGUUUGCGCUGAGUCUUGCGCCCAAGAGCGCGGGAGAGUUAGUUAUAGUGACAAGUUGUGAUGGGGAUUGCAAGGGUUGGGUGAUAUCGCCGUAUGUAUGUAUGUAUGUAUGUAUGUAUAUAUAUUGAUAUUGUAUUUGUGUAAAGCGGUUUUGAUGGAGAGAGGUUGUGGUUAAUCUGUCUGCA